CAAAAACUCCACCAUAUAGAAUAAUACCAAGCCUUCUUAACUGGUAUUUGUAGCAUGAUAAUGGAAACAUCAACGAAACUUCUUGAGACAAGAUCUCGGGCGCUUUGACACGUUGAAACAUCCCGAGAUGCGGCAGAUACAAACAACGCCUCAGCACGGAACGAGCAAGCCAAAAUCUGGCACGAUCUCAAUUGGAUCUCAGUAUACUUUGCAAUUAUUGGCAGCGCUGUAGAGACCUGAUUGAAUCAGCAGAUGCUUGACACCCAAGGCAUAAAGAAAGCAGCCCAUAUACUCCACAAUCCACGCCACUUACGCCCCAGCAUGGUACGAAUCUGACCAGCACUGAGACUGCGGUCAGUGGUCUGACUUGAUGAAUAUGCUAUACGGAACUCACCGGCGAUAUAGCAAGACAUUGAGACAACUGAGAAUAGGGAUGGAGGGAAUUGAUAUAAGACAAUGUCCAAUUCAUCUUGUUCAGACCAUCAUUCAUCAUUCAUCAUUCAAUACUUAUCUACAAAGACAAGCAUCUCGACUCAGCUCACUCUGCUGCCCCAACAACUAUCAUAUAUAUUUACACUGCAACCUUUACAACCAACCUUCAUCAUGACAACCAACUCUUUCGGCGGGGCUCUUCCUCGAUUUGACUUCCCUUCUCAACCAGCCCCAGCUGUAUCUCGCAUGGCGCGCAUCCACAAAGCCCUCCCAGUUGUAUUAGUCGCAGCAACAGUAGCUGCUGUCGCACUCAAGACUACUCAACAAGCAAGAGAGUCUCACACUUCUGUCCCUGCCAUGUUGUUUGGCCGCGCUCCAGCCCAAGGCCUGGUACCUCGAGGACAGGGGAUUAUUGACAAACAAAAUGUUGACUUGGGCGCAAAGCCGAACAAGUAACAAAUUGUAGAUUCAAACGGAAUCCAUCUGUGGGAGGUAUGAACAAGAUACAAGUCUGGGGCAUUAUAUUACCAAGAGCAGGGCUGGACCCAAUUAAGCGUUUAAUCAAUAUAAGCACUGUUACCACAAUUACUGCAAGAAUUGCAAGCGCUAGUGAAGCAGCCACAAUGGAACGAAUUUCAAGAGGGUCCUUUCUAGAACGUUGCCAGUACUGAUAUCCGCAAUGCUUUAUAGAAAGCUUGGCAGGCCUGGCUCUGCAUGCUUCUGAUGAUCUGACGCGACAGCUCCCAAGUUUAAC